CUUUAUGUGAAAAAUGACCUAAUUCAAUUGUUGAAUUCUAAACAAAGUGGUUCGAUGUGAAAUGGUGCUUCCUUACUGUUUUCUUUAUAGUACGAUAAUAGGAACCCAAGCCCUGUUUUAUGGUGGAAAAAAAAAAACCAGAACAGCAUCGACUGUUACAAUGUGAGCUUUUUACACAUAAUAAAUUUUAGGACUGGAGCAUCUGCAUACAGUAAAAACAGUCCUACAGACUGAGCAGCUUCCUUUCUAACAUUCUGAAAGCAAAAGGACAACAUAAAAGACAUGUAUGGUUUUCUUAAAUAUUGGUUAAAUGUCAGCUCCCCCCCCACCCCCCCACGCCCAGAAUUUGACACACCAUGGAGGCAAGUGACAUGGAGUGAAGAUAAGAAAAAUGAGAUGCUGAAAAAACUGAAGGAAUUCCAGCUCAGCACUCCAGACGUCGAUCAGCUCAAGAUUCUGCUUCAUGGCCCAAUUGGAGCAGGAAAGUCCAGCUUCAUUAACUCUGUGCACACCGCUCUCCAGGGCCGCAGCACAGCAGUUGCACCGGCCAAUUCAGCAGCUGGUGACAGUUACAGCUUCACUACCAAGUUCAAAUUUUACAGGUUGAAGAAAGAUGGGUCGGGAUCUUUCUAUCCAUUUGUCUUCACAGACGUGAUGGGCAUGGAGCACGGGCGUUCGAAGGGGGUUCAUACAGACGAUAUCAUCAGCAUAUUGCAUGGCCAUAUAAAAAAUGGCUACACGUUUAAUCCUUGUUGUCCAAUUGACAAAGAAAACCCAAACUACAUCAGCGACCCCAGCCUGAAAGACAGAGUUCACUGUCUGGUGAGCGUUCUACCAGCAAACAAAAUCUCCCUCACCUCUGAUGAUGUUAUCCACAAGAUGAAGCAAGUUCGGGAAAAAGCACGUGAUUUGGGAAUUCCCCAAGUCACCGUCAUGACCAUGGUGGAUGAAGCAUGUCCACUAGUCAGAGAUGACCUGGAAAAGAUUUACACCAGCAAGAAAAUAAAGGAGAAGAUGCAGGAGUGCAGUAACAAACUGGGGGUCCCAAUGAACUGCAUCUACCCUGUGAAGAACUACCAUGAGAAGAUUACCAAUGACCUGAAUGCAGAUAUUUUGAUUCUGAUGUCUGUAACAGAUAUCAUUUCUUUUGCAAAUGACUACAUAGAAGACCAGAUUUACACAGAAUAAAUACCCAUUAUGCUAAAUAUCCAUUUCAGCCAGUGAUGAGAAAAAGCAUCCUAUGAAACGAUGCUUAAUUUAGGUAAUGUACAUAUGCAUGAAUAAGCAGUAAAGCAAUAAGACUUCAUUUCACAGAUUUGUUACUUUAAGAUAAAGUAGACGUGUAAGACAGCAACGUAUUCAGUAACUUUGCUUUUGCACUUGUAAAUUAGGUAAUUGCAAUAACAAUGCUAGCACACAUGCUUGGAAGAGUGUCUAACAGAUGACUGCUCAUACAGAUAUCCCUAAUAAGCUAGUACUACUCAUAUACCAUACUCAUAUAUGUCAUUCCUUUGUUACAUGUUUACUAAUUAGUGUAAUAGUUUAUAAAUAUGUUUAAUACGUAAGAUAAUUAUGUACUAAAUGAUGCUCUAAGUAAGUAAAUAAGCUAAAUGUUUAUUAAUAACUAGGUCGGUAAGUAGAAUAUAAAUUUUAGUGAGGUCCAUUUUGCAUGUACUAAGUUGACAUAAUGAAUAAACCACAUUUUAGAAUAUGUGUACUAUGUAUGUGUUUUCCCAUUUUCCCAUUAAACACUGCUCAAAACAUUGUCAUUUUACAUGAGAGCAUUAAUAAAAGUUCAAAAAAUGAA